AUGCGGUCGGCGAGCAGUGCACCGCCACCUGACCGUCAAAGCCAUUGGCCGGUCACCGCCACACGGACCCACUGCAGCGCCUCCUCCACACUGCCCCAUGACGACGUUCCUCGGACGUCUCUCGACGCAGCGACCGACUCGACGGCCCAUCGCGCGCGUCGCGAGUCGCUCUGCCUGCCAACCGACGCGAGGGACAGCUCGAGCGACGCGCACGACGUUCGCGCCAACCGGUGGACGACGUCCGCCACGUCCACGAAGAGCGUCACGUGGUCCACGAUCACUGUCCACGAGUUCGGCGUCGGCGUGGGCGGCAGUGCCAUUGCCACGAAGGGCGGACCGCCCAUUGGCCUCGCCGAGACGCCCGAGUUCACGUGGACGACGAACGUGGGCGAGAUGGCCGAGUGCAGUGAGGGCGUGCACCGCUUCUCGCCCAGCCAGCGCACGCGCUUGCUCCAGGCCGCCGGUGUCCCGGACGACCUCAUCACGCGGCACGCGCGCGAGGCGAAUAUCAUCCUGAGCUCGCGGCGCCGGUCCAAGAAGAUGUGCUGCGACGAGAGGACAGGGCUCGAGGCUGAGCAGGAGCGAGGAGACAAGGAGACGUCUCGUGAGCGUUUGGUCUGUAAGCGCGGCGCAGAACAGGCGGGACUGGAGUACCCGUGUGCUGUGUACCUGCAGCGGCCACGCAUGAUCCCCGUCAACUACGCGUAG